AUGGAUUCCAGCGCCAUCACGCAAUUCCUCGACAGCAUAAUGGAGUCGCCCGCCGUCACCGGCGUGAUCCUGUGCGAUAUCAAAAGCGGCCUGUGUCUGGGCGCGGCCGGGAAGGCGAAGGAAGACGACGCUCCGCAGUUGACGGUUGCUAGUAGGCAAGCUUGUGACAACGAGGGUGUGGGCGUGGUGAGCUUGCGUGGUUCGAGGGUUGUCCUUAGGAGGGGGGAGACGGCGUUGGUAGGUGUUUUUAAGGAUGUUUAG